CACUAUGAAAAUUCCAAAAUGGAGGAUUCGCGUCCGUUGCGACGGAAAAUGACUUUGAAAUUGCUGUAAUUCAUAGCGCAAAAACUAAACAAAAAUUGGUUAACGAAUGUAAAAAGACAUGCUAAUAUUCUUUCUAUGAAGCUUCACUGGUACAUUAAUUUAUCAUCUUUGUAAUUUUCAAUGGCUGUUGCACAGGACUCCUUGUAUUACAGGCUUCAAAGUAUGAAUUCCAGUCUACAAGGACGUCCUGAAAGUGCCCUUGGGGCACGAGGGGUACAAAUUACAGAGUUCAAGGAAUCAAGAAUAAAUCCUGAACCAAUUGUUUUAGAAGAUAGUGAAGUUUUAAUGGAACAGUAUUUAUCUCCUGGAAAACUGAAAUCUUUAACUGGAAUACAGAAUUUGGAAGAUGUAAGAAGUUUAGAAUUAAAAGUAGAUACAACAGAUACCAGUUUAGGGAACUUUGGUUCAUUAUUACCAUGUUUAACACAGCUUAAACUUUCUAAUAGUUGUAUACCUUAUAUCAGGGACUUGGGAUCUUCAUUAAGGACAAUUCAGAUAUUAUGGAUGUCUCGAUGCGGACUUUUAGAAUUAGAUGGAAUCUCAUCCAUGAUCAGUUUAACUGAAGUAUAUUUAUCAUAUAAUGAAAUAUGUGAUAUAAGUCCAAUAAGCAUGCUAGAUAAUUUACAGAUUUUAGAUUUAGAAGGAAAUAAUGUAGAAGAUAUAUCCCAAGUACAGUUUUUAGGAAUGUGUACACAGCUCAACAGACUGACACUGGAGAGUAAUCCUGUUUGUGUAACACCUUCUCCAGAUACUGAGCAGGAGGAUUAUGACUAUAGACAAGCAGUGAAGAAAGUUAUACCUCAUUUAUGUUACUUGGAUGAUGAGGUGCUUACACAAGAGGCAUCACCAACAAAGAAAACAAAUGUUUUUGAUGCUGAUUGGGCAUAUCUGGAGGAAUUACAGAAUGAUCUCAAUCUGAAAGAGGAUUCUGAUGACAAUGAAUCCUCUGGACCUCCAAGUCGACCUGGUAGUGCUUCUCUUCGACCUACAACUGGUUAUAGACCUGGAACUGUAUUAAGACCAGGAACAGGGUUCAGACCUGCCACUGGCUCAAGACGUCCAGCUACAACUAUUGGAGCAAGGGCAGCAACAGCUAGACCUAGUUCCUCAGGAAACAGACCAAAUACAGAUGGUACUACUGUACUAACAGAUGACUCCGUCAGUGAUCUGACAUUGGGUAAAGUUGUCUGUGGUAACCCAUCCAAAGCUUUGAUUGCAAGGAGGAAAUAUAACCAACCAAAGGAGGCUACUCAGGUUAAAUUAUUCCCACAAUAUCAGCAUACGACAGAACACACGUUUGAUCUCCCUCCUGAAGACGAAAGAGACAGGGAAGAAAUAACAAGUGAACUAAUAGAAUGGAAAAAACUUCAUGAGAAGAGAAUGGAGAAAAUAAAAGAAUCGCGGGUCCCACAAGUAUUAGUUAUUAACCAUGAUGAACAUGAUGAUGCUAUUAGUUUAUCUGGAGAUGAGGAUGAGAUCACUACAGAUGAAGAAUUAGAUGAUUUCAUGGAAGGCAUUACUAAGAUAGAACAAGCAAACCAGACAGUGUCAAAUCCUAGAAGAGUUGGAAGUGGAGGUGAAAGAAAACAAAUAUCUCCAACGCUACUUGAAGAAUCAUUAGAAAUAGAUAGACAGUUUUCUGAUCCUUCUAUAAAUCAACACCCACUGGAACCUCCUCAACCUAUCCCUCCUAUCAAAUCAUCUCCAAUAUCUCCAUUGAGGGUAUCAAGUCCACCUGUCCUGGGUAGAAUACCUUCUAGAUCCACAGUGCCAUCUGGAGAAGGAAGACCUGUACAUCCAGCAAGGACAAACAUUUCUUCCUUAGCAGGAAGUUCAUUGAGUCCUGCAUUUGAGAACAGAAGACCUAUAGGUGCUAUAGACACUAGUAAACCAUUGAUUCAAACACAGUCACCACCAGUGAUACCUUUACAUAGGCCUGGUACAGCAAAUGCUGUUUUACAACCGUCUUCAACACAACAUAGAAUACGUAGACAAUUACCACAAGUUCCUGGUUUACCAUCAAAACCACCAUUACCAAGAUAGAAAUCCAGAGUGUUUUAUUAAGUAUUUCUAGUCUUUCAAUUCUUCAAGAAAAAUCGUAAAAAAUCAUGAAUUUGCAUUGAGAUCUUUGUUUUUCGCCUCAACAAAAUGUAUGUUUAUAGAGAGGAAUACAGCCAAGAGAAUGGCUAAGGGGAGAAUCAGGGUGUUUAUAGCUGUGAUAUAUUGAGAAUAUAGAAAAAUAAUUAUUGCCAUUAAUAUAAUACCAAUAUUUAAUGGAAGUGGAUGUUUCAGAGAAAAUAUUUUACUGCUGAUUAAAGAUGUUCGUUGUGUUCACAAUGAAACAAAAUCAUGAUCUUAAUAUGAAAUCAGCAGUUGCUUCAAUUUUAUUUGUGAUGAUAUUCUCUAACAAGUUUCAUCAUUUGAAAAUGAUACAUGUACAUGAAGACUACUAAAUUUUGCCAGUAUUGUGCCAGCUUCUUUGAAAUUUGCUUGAUUUCAAAAUUAAAAUGUAAUUUUUCUUUUCAGAUUUACAAUUUGCUAUGUCUGUUUUAUCAAAUAUUCUGAAUAUUUCUGAAGAUUUUCCUUCUCGUUAUAGGUUUAAAUAAGUUUAUUUAAUUUAUAUCAUUUUUCUUUUUCUGUUUUGUACUUAAAAAUGAAUAGAAGAAAGUUUGAAGAUCCCUAUGCCAACUAAUAUAUUGUUUGAUUAUGUAGAUGAUAAAGCAUUUGUUAUCUUCCAAGUGUCAUUUUUCAUUAAAAUAUUAAUUAAGAAAGCUAUCUUUAUACUUAAUAGAUGUCAAGUAUAAAUACCUCAGUAAAUAUGUACAAUAUUCAAUAAUAUAUGGUAAGAAAGUGAGAAAUGUUAUUAUUUUUUUUUUAUAUCGAAACCAUGCUAUUUUGCUUAUUCAUGAUUUAUAGUGCUUUUUAUUUGUGAUAGAUUUAUAUGUGAUAAACUAUUUGUUAAUUUGUUUUUUCAUUUUGACCUCAAGCACAACACAAUUUCAAAAAAUGCCAUACUGAAAUAAUGAAUAUGUAUUUAAAAAGCUUGUUGACUAAUUAUGAAUUUAAUUUAAGUAACCACAUUCGUACAGAUUUAUCUUUUUAUUUUACAUGUAAAAAACUCAUGACCAUUGUUUAUUGCAUCUUGCUUAUUCUCAUUCUUUCACUGAUACAAAAUUUAUAUAAGCUGCUUUCCUUUGUUAUCUUGCCUGUGACCUAAGUCACAGAAAUUUUUAUUAUUUUUUGUAUUUAUUUUUUUUUUUGGCAGUGAAUAUUACAAUAUUUUACUGACGGAAGUAAUUACAGUAGAGACAAAGGAAUCUGUGGAACCCUUAAAAAAAUUUUAUGACAACAUAAUAUGGUGUAAAUUUAAGUCACAAAUUUUUUAUUAUAAACAAAGGCUGAGUGGUGUUCAGAAAACCAAGAAUCCUCGAUGAGUAACUGAUAAAUAUGAUGGAACUGUAUAUGUUGGAUAUUCUUUGAUUAUGCUUCGUUCUGUUGGACCAGGGAAAUAUGACCACAUAUAAGAAACUAUUUCAUAGUUAGCAUGCAUUGAAAACAGCAACAAAUCGGCUCAUUUAAUUUUUUUAUUUUUUUUUUGUUAUACUACUAUAGAAUUGUGAUCUCUUCUAACAUCAAUAUCAUUAAUAUUGUUUACCUUACUUUUAUACUUAAAAAGACAGGUUAAGUUUUCAGGAGAAAGUCUUGUUAUGUAUUCAGUUAUAGCUGUACUGGAAAUUUUAUCACUCACUUAAGAACACCUUGUUUAUAUUUUUAAAGAUUUCAUAUUUCAAUAGUUGUAAAUAUCCAGCUCUCUGUGAUUACCAAGUAAAGCAGUUUUCAUAUCUAUGUCACACUAACAUGGUUGAACAAUUUAUACCUCAAAAUUUUCAACAAUCAUUAAUUUGUGUAUAGUAUGACAAGGGAAUAAAUUUUUGAAUUGUUUUAUGCAUGUCUACCAGAAAUUGUUUGGGUAUAUGUAUUGAAAGUACUGUACUGUUUUCCAUUCAAAGCAAUACCAAAACCAAACAUCUAAUACAUCAUCCAAAUGUUGUAAUAUAAGUACAGGAACAAAACUCUCAUAAGUAUGGACAAAAACUUUGUAAUAUAUCUUUGAUUUCAUGUGUAUAAAAUACCAUGAAUUGAAAUUGUUAUGCAUACUGUAUCAAGAAAAUUUCUAUACUUUUAAGAAAAACAGGUUAACUACAAAAGUAUAUGUAAUUAUAUAGCACAUAUUUCAACAAUUACAGACAGUUUCUUGUUCUGACAACCUAAUUUCUUUUUAGUGUUUAAAGCAGGCAGCUUAUUAAAUACUGACCAAUGAAGAAAAUUGUUUGUUAUCUUCUGGAUUCUUAACUUGCAUUUACUGAACAAUAAAACAAAAUAUAUAUUAAAUGAAUAUACUUCGUUAAAAGUGGAUAACACUGUAAAAUCUUCAAUAGUAUUGUUAGCUUGUUUAAGUGUGCAAUGAAACUGCUGACCAAUGUAUGAUGUUUUGUUUGUUGUGUUUUUGUUAUAAAUAAUUAGUGGAUAUAAAGUUUUAUUAUAUUUUGUAAAAUGGCAUUGCCUUUAACAUUCCAUGUUCAUUUUAUACUUUGUUUUCUGUUUCCCUUUGAGUGAAGUGCCAUAUUGUUUUUACACAAAAAAAACGAUUUCUUGAUUUGUUCUAUAAAAAAUGAAACUUACAUUCAGCACUAAUUUCACUACACUUUUGUGAAACUUUGCUUCUUUUUCUAUUUUAUUGAAACUAAAAUUCAUGUUUGAAUGAAAAUUAUGCAGAAAGAAAGAAAUUUUCAAAAAUUUAUAUCCUUUACUGAAUUAUUUCACAAUAUUCUACUUAAAUUGUAUUAUAGAUAUAAUGCAAAAAAAGUGUAUGCUAUCAGAUCUGUUAAUCUUAUGAAUUAGCUGAUAACAUAAAAGGUAACCCAAUAAUAAAGGUGGCUCUAUGACAUGUACAAAUUAUGAAUGUUUAACUGGUUUCAACGACUUGAACUAAUGUAAUUAAAAAUGCAAUGGAAAUUCUUCAUUCUGACUAUCAUAAUCUAGAGAGCUUUGUUUCCCCCUUGCAAAAACAAUAAAAGGAACACCAUUUCACUAUCAAAUUUAAAAAAUGAAAAAUUAAAGUUUAUAUCCUGAUGUUUUAAAGAUGGCAUUAAAUUUUUCAGAACAUUCAUAGGCUAUUGUUUAUAUUCCGUCCAAGCUGACAGUUUCAGGUUAACUUAUAAGAUAUUUAUUUAUUCAUUUAUUUAUUAUAAGUGUGAUGUCUUAUUUACUCUGUACAUGAGCAUUAUGUGCAUUUCAUUACAUUAUUUAUUUAAGUAAAAGUGAUGAAAUAAAAUAAAAGUUUUGAAACACUGAUA